AUGGCCCUUUUCCAGCGAUUCUUUUCCGUCAGCGCAUCGUCCAAGAAAGAUGCCCAACAAGAUCUCCAUUCUCUGAUCAAGUCAUCACAUAUUUUCAAAGAAAUUCCGGUCGAACUUUUCGCUUACAUUGCUUCCUAUUUCGAACUCGACGAAUUAUUUAAUAUGGGAUUUUGUGAUCAAUAUUUAUUGAAAUUAUUAUUUAAUUUAACGCCUCAAAAAGUCACAAAUUUAAUCAACCAAAAACGUAAAUUACAGAAUAUAAAGAAAUUGAAAUACGAGAGCAAUCAUUUUAACAAGCCCAUGGCUUUGGAGGAGAAAGUAGCAUCACUGUGGAAGGAAGCAGAUUUGAAUUUAGAAGUGACCAAAGAUGAUUUUGAUAUGAUUCAGACAAGAGUGUGGAAGCCAUUGGUUCAUUAUUAUUUUCCAUUGUUUGACAUGAAUUUAAAUAUUCAAAAUUGGAUGCAAGUGAUUCGAAUUCGAGUCACACGAUUACGAAAAUAUUCACAUUUGACUUUGAGUAGCAUUUCGAUUGAACCAAUUAAUGAAAAGAAUGAAAUUGUACCUGCAGAUAUAGAAAGUUAUUAUGAAACACCUUUUAUUGAAAAUUGUGAUCUUGUCUAUGAAUGUCCUGUUGUGUCAGAAUUGUUUACAGGAUCUAAAUAUGCUGAUACAGUGUACUGUGAGAAAUGUAACAAGAGUGUUCAGUUCAUACAAUCUCUAAGUGAAUUCAAAUCUCUGAUUGGAAAGGAGCAAUGUGUUGCAUUUAGACGAUAUGACAAUGAAUUUUAUGGAGGCCUUAUGUAA